UCAAGGGAGCAGAGCGGAGCCGCGGGAGAGGACCAGAGGCUGGAGAGGUGAUAUGGCGGGAACCAGUCUCGGGACGCGUCUCUACCGCCAGAUCAAGAGACAUCCUGCUCUCAUCCCGAUGAUUGGCUUCAUUGGCCUGGGCAUGGGCAGCGCUGCUCUCUACUUGCUGCGGCUGGCCCUGCGCAGCCCGGACGUCUGCUGGGACAGAAAGAACAACCCGGAGCCCUGGAACCGCCUGAGCCCCAACGACCAGUACAAGUUCCUUGCAGUUUCCACGGACUACAAAAAGCUGAAGAAGGACCGGCCAGAUUUCUGAGCCCGGCUGGGGCACAUCGAUGUACAUACAGCAACUUCAGCCAGCCUCAUUUCCUCCUGUACCCGAUGCCCCCACGCCACCCCCAGGGUGCCACUCUGGCCACCCUAUCCAGCCCCUGAGUACAAAGUCCCCGUUCCCACGAGGAGGGGAGACAGCUCCACCCCCACACUCUUCCCUUGCUCCCUGCAGCGGAAGCACCUCUGACCCUCAGCUUGAGUCCCACGCGGCUGGGGGGCGGGGGUUUAAGAGGUGGGGCAGCAGCUGGGUGGGUCCAAAAGGCUCAAGCUGGCCCCUCCGCUGGGCUACGGGUGCCUUGUAGGGUGUGGCACAGGCUACGUGUUGAGCGUGGCAGAGGUGAGCCAAGAGCAAGCAGGGGCCUCUGAGUGCCAAGCUACGUGGCUGGCCCCACGUUAGCCCAGAUUCUGGGCUCCAUCCCAGGGAGGCGCUGCUCUAGCUCGAUUGGGCUCGCUGCCUGCUGCCCAGCCUGCUCUGGAUGAGGCACCUCUAUGCCCAGGGAGGAAAAGUGUGCUCCUCCCCUGUGCUUGUGGAGCCAACCAGCACCCCCUCCAGCCUCACACCUGGGCCUCCCCCUGCCAUCCCUCCCCUCCUUGCUCCCCUCCAUCCCCUGGGAUCAAACAGAAGCAGCCGUGGGCAAAAUACAAUUUCAUUUAACAAAUUGAA